GGAAUGUUCAAUAUUACUUGUGUACUAAGGAAAUUUAUAAGAGAUGGAGCUGAGUGGAAUAUUGAAAUAUUGUUAAAUAGGUAUGUGCAAUACAUCCACAGAGUAUUUUGAAUUUGUAUAUAUUCGAAAUAACCAUUAAUAUGCCCGACUAUGAUCGUAAAACGAAGACAUGCAUCAUUAUUAAACUUCCAUUUUUCAGCGUUUCACAAACUGUACGCUGAUACUUUCGUCGAAAGUCUCUUUCAGUUCGUUUUAUUUGCACGGCAUUCUUCCUUUUACAAUAUUUUAGUCAAAUUGAAUACCAAAGCGAUCCCAGCAAUUUGUAUACAGUGAUAUAUAUGUCAUGUUAAAAGAAUUUCUACGCUAGCAUACUUCGCUCGCUAUGUACACAAUGGAAAUAACAAAUCAAGAAAAACAGAUUCCUUCACGGGGAUUGAAGCAAGUGAAGGUAGAUAACUGGGGCACUUUCUUUCUUCAAAGACUUCAACAACUUUAUUUUGAAGAAGAAUUACUUGAUCUUACAAUCAAAUUUCCCACCAGUGAUAUCACUGUUCAGGCUCAUCGUUUAGUUGUAACAACAUGUACAGAUUACUUCAUGCAACUGGAACGUGAGCAAAAAGAAAAAGAUGAAAAUUUUGAUGGGGUAAUUAUCAUGCCAUCAGAUAUGCCAUAUGAAUGCGUGAAAUCAAUUAUAAGCUUUAUGUACACUGGUCAGUUAGAGUAUUGGACUUCUGAGCAACAUGCUUUGUAUCGUACUGCACAGAAAAUGAACAUGACUGUUUUAACUAAAUUACUUGAUGCACAAUUUAAUACUGCUUCUCUGCAAAAUGAGCAUAUGGUAAAAUGUAACACUCGACCAGCAACAGCAGUUUCAAAGCCUUCAACAUCCAACACAAAACCAACAACUACUUCCAUUUCAUCUUCAAAUCAUUCAAAUCAACCAUUACCAGGUAGAAAGCUUCCCAUUUGGAAAAGAAAAUUAGAUACAUCACAAAGUAUGCCGUCACUUAAUUAUGAAAUGCGAACAUUCCAUGGGAUGCCGUCGACAAAUAGGCCUACAGAGGUAACUCCUGGACCUUCCCGAUUUGAUCUCCCUGAAGCCGAGGAGUUUGCUCUUGGGGUGUUCUCGUCUUUCGACGAUAUUACGUACAAUACAAAACCUAUCGUUCAAGCGCCAGACAAUUGUAAAAGAGAUAGUUCACCUAGUGGCAAAUGCUCUCCAGAUAGAGAUAGUAAAAAUGAUACAACCGAAGAUGAGGAAGACGAAGGUCAUCCGAACGAGAAGAGUCUAAAAGAAAUGAAUUCCGACGACGAUUGGUCCGUGGCUAGAUGUUUUCAAAGGAAUCAAGAUACACAACCUUCGCCAUCUAAGAGAGUGCGAUUUGAUCUGGAAGAGAAAGAAAACAUGGAGAAGGGGAAAUCAUCUUACCGAACAAACUCGGAGGAUUCUAUCAACAAUCACGCGAAAAUUAUUCGGGAAGUAUUGAAGAAAUAUCCACAUUUAGUGAAAAAUAACAAGAAUAUACGUUUGAAAAUCAUGCAAAAAGAAGCAAAAUCUUCGGAUAGCAAUUCAACGAGCAAAACGAAAGUCUCUUAUGUAGUUUUGAAAUCUGACCAUUUGAUGUCAAGUAAUAACAGCGAAGAAACCGAGACAAAGAGUAAUGGAAGUGUGGACGGCGAGACCGGACCAUGGAAAUGUAAUAAAUGUGAUUUAGAAGAGGAGUACACGAACUACUACAUGUACAGAAGACACAUGCAAGAUGUGCACGAAGAAAAAUUCGAUCCGCGAGUUUGCGAGCAUUGUGGUUAUAAAGCAACCAAACGAAAUAUUCUGAUGUAUCAUCUUUAUACAAAACACAAUGUGCCUCCUCCGAAAAGCAUGUGUUUCCCAAAAUGUCAGGCGUGUUCUUACGUGGCAUUAUCAGAAACGCUUUUGGUGAGACAUCAGAUUAAUCACAAUCAUCGACCAACGCCACGUCAACAUUCGUCAACUGCUGAAGAAAUACAAUGUAUGCAAUGUUCACAAACGUUCAAAGACGUUACUGAGUUGACGACUCAUGAAAUUAAUGCAGGUCAUGGAAACUUGUCUGAGGGCAAAGAAAAGGGCCAUCGUUGUACUCACUGCGGUAAAGUUUUUGUACGAGCCACAAAUUUGCAAGUUCAUCUCGAUUGCGUGCACAAGGAUUUGCGCGAUUCGGACACAGCAUCAGUAUCUAUGCCACCGAUUUCUUUAGAGCCUUCUUCGGAAGCAGAAGCCUUGAGUCACGUGGCUAGUGGUAUAGCGACUUCUUUAAGUGUUGGAGAUAGCGUUCCUGCGGAAUCUCAGGAUGGAACAUCGAAUGUGUCGGAAUACAUACCGGAGAUGCAGUUAAAUAAUAUUUCGCACGAAAUGACUUACAACACACACGAACUGGAUGGACAGCAUAUGAUAAUGUUGAUUGAUAACGAUAACUACCAGCAGCAGGAGAACGGGCAACAGCCACAACAGCCACAACAAUUAAAUAUUACAGAUAAUGAGCAAAUCGUAAUGCAAGGUACAGAGGAUGGGAUGAUCGUUUAUAUUCAUGGAACUGAAGAAGUGGAGAGACAAACAUACGACAAUUAUCAGUCGGAAGAACUUACAGAAGAGACUGAGGAGAUAGUAGAGGAAGUGGUUGAAGAGGUUGAAGAGAAAGUGAUGGAGGAAGAUAUGCAAGUCGAACAAUCGGAAAUAUUGGAGGAAUGCAGUUCUGAUCAAGUAGAAGAAGUUAUACAAUAUGUGGAAGAGCAGACAGAAAUAGUGGAAUAUGAUGAGCAAUGCAGCGAACAAAGUAACAGUGUAGGCGAAUCGCAGGAAUCAGUUAUGAUUAUCGAAGAAGAGCAUGUUGAAGGAGAACAAGAAGUGGAAAAGAAUAAUAAGCAAAUUAAAACUAGUUUUACAGAGUGGGAUGAGGACAGUAGAGAAUUAGCUGAAUCAUAAAUAAUAAUAUUCUUAUAUUAGCCUUUUCGUUUCUUAAGUUUCAUUAGUGUCUAUAACUAACAAAAUGGCAUGUUUCAAUUGCAUUUCAUUUACUUUUUCCUCUGAUUUCUGCGCAGUAGAUUAUAUACAGACACGGAACAAACAAUGUAAAUGAACUGUUUUACUUUUAAGGAAUAUGGAAGUAACAUUUCAAUUAAUUCGGGAAAAUUGAUUUCAAUUUCGAACUUUAUUUUAGAACACAAAUAUUUGUAUAUAAAGCUUAUACAUAUGUACAAUGUAUUCAAUCGUUAGAGAUUUAAUUUGAUCUUUAAUGAAAUGGAAUUAUAAUUACUAUAUAAUUUUCAAUUUUUUUGAAUAUACAGUUGCACAAGUGUGGCAGUGGAUAAAUAUGAAAUGCAAAGAACAAAGAGACACAAAUAAUUUCUAAUUAAUUGCUAGCUGCACAUGUUCAAUGCAAAUAUUAAAAAAAUAAAGAAAGUAGAAGUAAUACGUUUCUUUCAGAAAUUCUAUAAUGUUUCAUCAACUUGAAACUCUAUAAAGUUCGAUGAUUAUUCAUUGAUAUAAAUAAUUAUAUAAUUUGAUAAAAGUUAUUUGUGCAAAGUGUUUCGCGUAAUUUUAAUAUGCAAAGUAUUUAUUUUGAUGUUCAGAUAAACAAAAGAAUACUGAAAUAAAAAGAUUGUACUCAAGCGACAAUGAUGACUAAAAUGUUAUCAUUUCUUUUAUUAUUACAAAUUUAUUAAUAUACUUUUUUGUUGGAAUUAAUACAAUAAAAAAAAAAAAAAAAACA